AUGGCCUCACCCCUCUCCCCCAACAACAACAAACCCCACGCCUUCAACCCCCCCACCGUCCCCACCCCGCCCCCAACCUACGCCCAAGUAUCCACCACCCCGCUACUACCCACCAGCAAACUCGUCACGCUCGCGGGCCAAGUCGGCCUCAGUGCCGACACCGGCAAGAUCGUGCCCGGCUUCGACGCGCAGGUAAAACUCACCUACGUCAACAUACUCGCCUGCCUCAAAGCCGCGGGCGCCACCCCGCGCGACAUCAUCCACGUGCGGCACUACAUCGUCAAGGACACGGGGCGCGUGGGCGUCGACAGCGAAGACGAGCUGACGCGCGUAUGGGGCCAUCACUGGAUGGAGUUUAUGGACAAGGAGGGCGAGGGGCACCGGCCGCCGGAUACGGUUGUGGGCGUGGCGUGUUUGGCGACGAGCGAGCUGCUGUAUGAGUGUGAGGUUUGGGCGAUUGUGCAUGCGUAG